AUGACUGAUAAGGAGACUGGAAUGCUCGAUGUUGGCGAGCACUGUAAUUUUUGUAGACAAAUUGACUUUUUACCAUUUCGCUGUACAGUAUGUGAAUAUGAUUACUGCGCUCUGCAUAGAAGCAAGGAAUCCCACAAUUGCAAAGGUUUAAAAACGCCACGAGUCGAGCGUGCAACGUCCGCUGAGAGGGUAUCCUAUAAGAAGGGAAAUGGAGAGACUUACUUCAAGACUUUGCUUCCGGGCAAGGCAGAAGAGCGGAUUAAGCAGGAGGUUCCGGUGCCAUCAAACCAAGGCGUUAAAUCGUCAUUGCGAGAUAGGCUGAUCAAAAAUAACAAUACGAAGGCUUUGGAUAAGUUAAAGCGGUUUUUCGACAAAUACAGCUCUAAAUCAAAGUAUAAGAUGAAUCUCACGGCGUCAAAUAAGACCAUACAGUUGGCAACAAUGAGGCGAAACGCUAAAGGUGACGUAAAGAUUCCACAGACAAAUCGAUUGUAUGUGUGGUGCUACUAUAUAGAUGAUAAAGAACCCAUUGAGCAUGAGAUAUUCAUCAGCAAGACAUGGCCCGUGGGGAGGGCUUUGGAUUCUUUAUUACACUACAUGAAAUUAAACAACGCUGGUAUGGGUACAACAGCUAAUGCAAACGAAAGGUUGCUUUUGUAUAAAAAAGUAAAGGAUUCCGAGUGGGUUAUGUUGGAAGCUGCCAAUCGUGUCAGUUCAGUAAUUACAGAAGGCGACGCAUUGUAUGUGGUUCGUGGAAAUGAUGUAGAGAAGUUAGUCAACCAGAAUCGGUGA